AUGGAUAAGAAUUAUUUAACAACAAUAGUUAAUAAUAAUAAAAAUACAUUAAGUUGUCCAUUAUCACCAACAAUAAUAACAAUAGAAAGUGAUAAUUUACAUAUAUAUGAAAUAGAUCGUCAUUUAAUUGAACGUGGAUCAACAAAUGUUUUAACAGAUUUACCAGGUUCACGUAAUCUUGAAGAAACAGAUGAAAAUGAAUUACCAUUUCCUGGUUUUGUUGAAACGGUUUUUUAUUCUCUUAAACAAACAAGAAUACCUCGUUAUCAAUGUUUACAAUUAAUAACAUGGCCAUGGUUUGAACGUAUAAGUAUGUUUGUUAUAUUACUUAAUUGUAUAACACUUGGAAUGUAUCAACCAUGUGAACAUCAUUCCGGUUUACAAACUUCAAAAAAAUGUGAUACACCACGUUGUAUUUGGUUACAAGCAACUGAUUAUUUUAUUUUUGCUUUUUUUACUAUUGAAAUGUGUAUUAAAAUGAUAGCCAUGGGAAUAUUUGGUAAAGGUACAUAUUUAGCUGAUACAUGGAAUAGAUUGGAUUGUUUUAUUGUUAUUUCCGGACUUUGUGAUGGUCUUAAAUGUGUUUUACGUAUGUCUCGUUAUGGUAAUCAAUAUUUACAAUUAAAACAACCAUGGGCCAAAUGCAAAGGUUCUGAUGCUGAUAGACGAGAUGCUGAAAUAAGUAUUACUCUUGCAUUAAACCUUGUUUAUUUACUUUCAUUGGUGUUACAACCAUUUAUGCCAACAACAUCGGAUGAAAUUCGACAACAACUUAAUAUUAAGGAAACUGUUUAUGGAUUAGAGAAUGCUUUUCGUUGUUAUUUACCAGCUGGCCAUACAAUAGAACAAGCUCGGCUAUUAUUUAGACGUAUUGAAAAACCUUUGGUAGAUGAAUAUCUUUUACGUUUUGUCGGCCGCAAGAAAUGA